AUGGGUGUUGAAGUAAGUUACGUAGUUUCAAAAUUGCAAAUGCUAUCCACUUCAGAUUAUGCCUCCGUUGUCUCCAUGAACCUAUUUGUGGCUCUCCUUUGUGCUUGUAUUGUCAUUGGUCAUCUUCUUGAGGAGAAUCGUUGGGUGAAUGAGUCUAUCACUGCCCUUUUAAUAGGUCUUUGCACUGGCGUAGUGAUUUUGUUGUUUAGCCGGGGUAAAAGCUCCCAUCUUCUUGUUUUCAGUGAAGAUCUUUUCUUUAUAUACCUUCUACCACCAAUUAUAUUUAACGCCGGGUUUCAGGUGAAAAAGAAACAAUUUUUUGUUAACUUCAUCACCAUCAUUCUCUUUGGUGCUAUUGGUACAUUAAUAAGUUGUGCCAUCAUAACUUUUGGUGUCACGAAAAUUUUUAAGAGAAUGGGUAUUGGUAAAUCACUAGAGAUAGGAGAUUAUCUAGCAAUUGGUGCAAUAUUUGCUGCAACAGAUUCUGUGUGCACGUUGCAGGUGCUAAACCAGGACGAGACACCUUUACUUUAUAGUUUAGUAUUUGGAGAGGGUGUUGUGAAUGAUGCUACUUCUGUGGUGCUUUUCAAUGCAAUCCAAAGUUUUGACCUCGACCAAAUUGACCACAGAAUUGGUUUGCAUUUUAUUGGCAACUUCUUGUAUCUGUUUGUUGCAAGCACCAUGCUUGGGGUUUUGGCUGGUCUACUUAGCGCUUACAUUAUUAAAAAACUGUAUAUUGGCAGGCACUCUACUGAUCGCGAGGUUGCUCUUAUGAUGCUAAUGGCAUACCUUUCCUACAUUCUUGCAGAAUUAUGGUAUCUGAGUGGCAUUCUCACUGUAUUCUUUUGUGGGAUUGUUAUGUCCCACUAUACUUGGCAUAAUGUGACUCAAAGCUCAAGGAUCACUACCAAGCAUGCUUUUGCAACUUUGUCUUUUGUUGCUGAGACCUUUAUCUUCCUUUAUGUUGGUAUGGAUGCAUUGGACAUUGAAAAGUGGAGGUUUGUUAGUGAUAGGCCUGGAACAUCUGUUACUGUGAGUUCAGUAUUAUUGGGUCUAGUACUUGCUGGAAGAGCAGCAUUUGUGUUCCCCUUAUCCUUCUUAUCCAACCUGAUUAAAAAGUCUCAAAGUGAGAAAAUAAGCUUCAGGCAACAGGUGAUCAUUUGGUGGGCUGGUCUUAUGAGAGGUGCAGUUUCAAUGGCAUUAGCUUACAAUCAGUUCACCCUGUCGGGUCAUACCGAGCUGCGAACCAAUGCUAUCAUGAUCACCAGUACCAUCAGUGUAGUGCUUGUCAGCACAAUGGUGUUUGGUUUAAUGACUAAGCCACUCAUAAGGUAUUUGCUGCCGCUGCCUGUUGGUCCCCCUCCUAAACGCAAAAGCAGCAUGGUGAAUGUAGAGCUACCUAAUUCCCCCAAAUCAAUCACCGUGCCAUUUCUUGGAGGCUCCCAAGAUUCUGAAAACGAACUAGAUGGCAAUGAAAUUCAGCAGCCAAGUAGCAUUCGCGAGUUGCUUACCACUCCAACACACACUGUUCAUAACUUAUGGCGUAAGUUUGAUAAUGCAGUUAUGCGUCCCGUUUUUGGUGGUAGAGGUUUUGUUCCGGUAGAUCGUACCUCGCCUGCUGAACGCAACGGUCAGUGGCAAUAAGAAUACUGCCAGGAAAACUGUAAUAUUGUAUUGUAAACAGAAAAUUUUGUGAAGAUCAA